CUGAUUUUGUGCACCUUAGCAAAAAUGCUGCUUUUGAAACUCUUUCUGAUCCAAAAUAUAGUGGGAAAAUGAAAAUCCUUCAGAAACUUUUAAAUCAUUUCAGAAAAAACAAGGAUAAAGUGCUUCUUUUUUCUUUUUCAACAAAGUUGCUUGAUAUUCUGGAACAAUAUUGUAUGGCAUCUGGGCUAGAUUACAGAAGACUCGAUGGAAAUACAAAGGCAGAGGACAGGGUCAAAAUAGUAAAAGAGUUCAACAGCAUGGAAGAAGUUAGCAUUUGCCUGGUUUCUACAAUGGCUGGUGGAUUGGGUCUUAAUUUUGUUGGUGCUAAUAUUGUUAUAUUGUUCGAUCCAACAUGGAAUCCAGCUAAUGAUCUUCAAGCCAUUGACAGAGUAUACAGAAUUGGCCAGCGUAGGGAUGUGAAAGUAUUUCGGCUAAUUUCUUUGGGGACUGUGGAAGAGAUGAUGUACUUACGACAGGUUUACAAACAGCAACUGCAUUGUGUAGUGAUUGGAAGUAAAAAUGCCAAGCGAUAUUUCAAGGCGGUUCAAGGAUCCAAAGAGCAUCAAGGAGAACUUUUUGGAAUUCAUAAUCUUUUCAGGUUUCAAGACCAUGGAUCCUGUCUUACAAAAGAGAUUCUAGAGAGGGAAGGCCAAGUAGAAGCCGGUGUCAUGACAGCUGCUACAUGGUUGAAAGAGGGAUCCCGGCCUCAUGAGGAGACAGAGUGUGAUUAUGAAGAUCAAGAUACAAAACCAUUAGAAAAGGAAGGACUUGAUUGUUACAGUGACUUCAGUGAUGAGGAGCAUGAGAGAAAUUCUAAGGUGCAAGCAGUAAGAAACAGAAAUUACAAAGCAAAACAUACUAAAGUUCCACAGGAACAACUCAGUUUACUGCAGUGUGGAUUUCCUAAACUUCUAGAAAAGAAAACUAGAACCGCUGAAGGUGGCGAUCACACUGAUAAUGUUGCUGAAGUUCCAUAUGUUCAUUCAAAUCAAGAUGUGGUUGGCUCAAGCAAGGCUGAAAAUCAGAUGAGUCAUUGGGCAGCGCGAGAUGUUUUUGAACUACAACAAUUUUCCCAGCUCCCAGCAAACAUAGCAGUAUGCAGAGCCAAGAAAAGCAGAGAGAGUCCUGAAGACGUUUCAUCAAGGAGAAAAAAUGUGAAGAAGGAUCAUUUAGCAAGUAAAACCAGCAGGCCUUCUCUUCUUUAUAUUACACAUCCAGUACACCAGAAGCAGAAGGGGAUCCACCAGAUAGACUCAAUUACCUUCCUGCUUGGAAAGACACCUAGACAAAUCCGCAGGAAGCAGUUUGGGGAGAUGGCAAAUCUUUUUCAUAAAGCUCCUGUGGAAGAAUUUGCAAAGUACAUCACUCAAGCUACAUCAGAAGAAAGGCAGAAAAUGUUGAAAGAAUUUUACAGUGCAAAAUAUCCAGAGUUAAAAGAUCUAUUAAAAGUUGAUGUCCCAGCUUCUGUUUCAAAAGGAAGUAAGAAAGGCAGUGUGUAUAAAACCAAGUUCAGGAAAAAAAACUCCAUUUGUAACCAUGGGCAACUGAAGCCUGAUCCUUCCACAGAUCUGGGUGAUCCAGGUACAUCUGAUGCAGAAGAAAAACAAUUUCAGUAUAAGCUUUCUGUACAGACUGCUGGGGGUCAAAAUGAGGAAGAUAAACAAUUGCCGGUUGACACUCUCAAAGACAGCAUUAGUGGGAGAAACAGUCAGGCAUCCAAAGACUUUAUGGCAUCUGAGUCACUAAUCAGUAAAUCAAGAAUAAUUGAGAGGCUGUCUGCAAGUAGUACUAAAGGACAGCCGAAUUUGAAGGGGACACUGUCGCCCAAAAAACUCUUUAUGUCUGAGUCAGAAAGCAGACAGGCUCAAAUCUGCAAGAAAAAUGCUGUUGCAGACUUGCUAGGAGACACCUCUAUUUUAAAUGACCUCUUCAAAAGUAAUGAAAAUAGUCCAGCCGAGAUACCCAGGAGGCCUCUUAAUGGGCCUGCCGAAAAAGCAGCAACCCGACCAAAAGAUUUCUGGGACAUGCUGAAUGAAGAGAAUGAGGAGUGUCUCCAAAGACUCACAGAUGUGACAGCCAUAGAGAAACUGUGUGAAAGAGUGCCUUUUGCUUCUUUGUCCAAAGAGAAAGAAGAGGGUGAGAAAUCGCUUUGGAAGGAAAAUGACAGUUUUUUAUGGAAAAUAGAUAAGAAACCUGACACAGCUGAUGAAUCUUUUUCUGGUAUAUAAUGUGGAAUUUAAAUAUUGGGAAAACAAGACAAAAAUGUUCACAGGUGUCCUGAAGUUAAGUUUUAUUCCCAGAACUGACUUAAUGCAUUUAAUUAAUUUAACUUAAUUAAAUAACUUAAUUAAUUUCAAGCUUUUUUUAACUUUUUCUUUUUCAAGGAUCCCUUCCUUUCAGAAAUCUUUCAAAAGAAGAUGUAUUUACUUAUUUUUGAGCCAUUUUCUAUCUGUUUUGAGGAAGUUGCAAGAAAGAAAAAGAAAAAUAUUUAAAAAGAAUUGAAGAAGCUCCAAAGACAUUGAGUGAGGGCAUUUCCCCCCCUGUUUUUUGUUUUUUGCAUGUGAGCUGGAUCAAGUCGAUCUGAUUUGAAAAGGCAGUUCAAUGAACACCCUUUCUGCACAUUUGCAGAAAGUGAGUGAAUCCCUGGAUCAGUUUGAAGGGAAUCAAUUUCAUUUGAUUCAAAUUGGCAAUCCAGUUUCAAAAGUUUAUUCUACUUGGAGAUUGUACCAAAUUGUCUUGUAAUUAAGUCUCCACAUUGAAAUUUUCCCUUGUCUACAAAGUAUUAACCUUCCCUGUAUGAAAAAGCAGCAUCAUGAGCAGGCUAAGCAGAAUCUCAUUUUCUUUGCAUGCAAGCUCUGAGGUCGCCCACAUUCCUCCCUUUGUACUUGGUUAAGUUACGUGUAUUUUGAUCAUGUAUUUAGUGUGGUCAGGACACAACAUGAAGAGCAGAUAUUAUAAUCUCAUGCAAUGAGAAACUAUAUUCUUUUAAAUUUGUCAUGCUCUGUUGAUCUUUGGACCGUAGGGGUUUCUGUUACAUUUCUGAAGUUGUCUGCUGCAGUUGAAAAUUAGAUUGGAACUGCAUUGAAAACAAUAUAGGAUGUGUUUGGACUUGAAAAUAAAAGCAAAGUUAUCUGUAAAUACCUGGGAACCAGUGGUUAUAUAUCAACUGAAUCUUACUUAGAAUAGAUUCAUCAAAAUAAUGGGACUUUUACAUUUAAAUCUGAGCAUUGUUAAGUUUGGAUACAACUCAAAAUGUUUUGAAAGUACUCAGUGAAUAAUAGGAGAUAGUUGUACCCUACAACUCUGAGAAUAUUUGGAUAGACAGAAAUUCCACUGCAGUGACUUUCAUAGCAGUACAGGGCUGCAGUGCAUGAAUUACUAUUUUUAUCUGCUUAAAACUAAAAAUUACCAAUGUAUGAAAGUACAAAGAUGGUAACUAGACCCUUGUCACCUUUUAUGAAAAAAUUGAAGUGUUGUGUUUUAAUCAAAUUAAUUUAAAAGACCUCUUUAAAAAAUAAAGUAUUUUAAUAUCUGAAAGGAAUAACUAUUAUUUAUGUGAGGGAUAUCUUCUUGAGCCCAUAAGAAAUCUGGAUGUUAGAGUUUAAAGCAUCUUUAAAAGACAAAUCUGUCAUAAAGUUCUACUAUUCAUCAAAUUUUUAUUAUUUGAAAUAUUUGGUAACAGUAUGCUUCAAUGUCUCAUUGAAGUAAAUGAAAAUCUCUCAGCAACCUUUGCUCAGUGGAGUUCAUCCUUUUACCACAAUACAGAAUUUUUACAAAUCAGCAAAAGUCACAUUAUGACAUUGGCUAUUUUACUUGUGUGUAAAGUAUUUUAAAUUUACUUUAAAAAUUGCAUAACUGCAUUUCACCAUAGCUGGUACCUGAAUUGCCAGGUGGUUGUGACAGGUAAAUAAAAGAUGAUUAGGAAACUUUAACUUGGAUAACAUUGUUGUAAAUCAUCUGUUUGAAAAUAAAAAUAUUUCUUGCU